UCUGGGUACCCCUGGACGAUCUUGGCAUAUCACCUUCUAUUCUCGGCUGAUUUGCCGUGCAGCAAAGUCGUUAUCGGCGCGCGUUCUUGCAAAUUGGUUACUACAUUAUUCCGGCAUGCAAUGUGCAUAUAUCCAGGGCAAAGGGUCGCAUCGUGAGGAAAAUGUCGUACGUAAGGUCAAUUCGAUAUUCUAUUCCUUUGGAUUGCACGACUUCCCUUCGUCUAUAUUCUGAAUUGGGCAAUUGACGAACCAAUGUCGAGCAUCUGUGCCCUGGCCAUGAGAUGGGCGCUGCUCAUUUCCCUUCUUGUAGGGUUAUCUUCAGCGCACCCCGAUACGAAAUACCCACCACGGAAGGCCGCCGGGAAGGCAUCCAAAGCGGCGCGCAGCCCUCUUGCUAGGUUUAAUGAUCUCGUAGUCGAAGGAACAAACGCGGUACCGGCCGUCGCAGCGAGCUCUCCCUUGGAGUGCUUUCAGGUUGCUGAGCCGGUAUUAACGCCUCAAGGGCCUACAUUUCGUGAUGGAGCCCAUGCGCCGACACAGGACCUAGCUUCAAUUGGCGAAGUAGCUGGUCACACUGUAGUUUUGUUUGAGCACUCGUUCGCAAAUAGCUAUGGCGCUCCCUACGUUGGCAAUUACACCCCUCCGGAUUUCGAAUUCGAUCACGUAGUCAUCAACUUCACCGUCUUGGUGAGGGGGCGGCAGUAUGAUCGAACGGGCGUCUUCUAUCUUGGAGAUACGGAAGUGUGGAGAACAUCAACUGCGGAACCGACUUCGUAUGGCAUCCGCUGGGUCUGGCUUAAAGACGUAACCCCGUUUACGUCCCUCUGGAAGGCGCCGCAGACUGUGAUCUUUGACCUGGAGAACAUUGUGGACAAUACCUACACGGGACUACUCAACACGACCCUCUCGGCUACGUUCUUCAAGAGCCCUGUGGCUACGCUUAGCAGCCGGGGACCUGCCGAUCUGAUUAUCCCCAUCUCCGAACGAACGGGAUCUGCGGGACAGCCGAGUCAAUUCACCUACCCACAGCAGAAUGCGACUAACACGAUAAGCUUUCCUCAGAACGCGAACCGUGCCGUAUUCACAGUAGACGUUAAAGCCCAGGGUGAUGAAGAGUUCUGGUGGAGUAACGUGCCACAGAGUGCUAUUCAUACAUUCGACGCCGACUAUGGCACAUACCCCGGCUAUUCACCUUGGCGAGAAGUCCAAGUCUUAAUCGAUGACCAGCUUGCUGGAGUUUCCUGGCCAUUCCCGGUGAUUUACACGGGUGGCGUAGUUCCUCAGCUACACCGUCCAAUCGUCGGAAUAGAAGCAUUCGAUAUCCGGGAGCAUGAAAUUGACAUCACCCCGUGGCUACCGCUCCUUUCGGAUGGGAAAGACCACACCUUCUCGAUACAGAUUAUCGGUCUAGUCGACGACGGAGUAUCAAGCGCUUCCCUUGCCCCAGUCACAGCUAGUGAAUGGUAUAUUACUGGCAAGAUCUUCGUCUGGCUCGACGACGAGGGCUCUGUCACGACUGGGGAAUUGGGUUCUGCGUACGCUAGCAACCCCAGCAUAUCAUUCUCUCAAAAAGUCACACAAAAUUCGACAGGCUUCAAUGAGACCCUCGAUUAUACUCUAGCGGUGACACGUGCGCUAUCCAUUAGUUCCUACGUCAAGACGCAAAAUGGCGAAGGGACCGUGACAUGGACUCAGUCCCUAUCGUACUCGAACAAUGGCGGUGUUUCCGCAUACGGUAAUGAUGGGAUCAAUACAUUCGGAAUCUCAGGUGCCGAUGCCGCCACGGGUGCAGGCCUAGACAUCUCGUACUCUACUAGCUACAGUUAUCCGCUGUACUGCGGCAGUUCCACGACGUAUCUACCAGAAGGCAACUUAACGCUUCGGGCAGAUCUAAACCAGAGCUUAACCCAUGAAGUCCGUGGCGACUCCGUCUUCCCCAACGGUCUUGAAGCAUUCGUAGCCGCCAAUGCGUCUGGUGCAUCGCAGUUCCGGGGCUCGGUGCUGAGUACGUCCAAGAACGGGUCAGCGACGUACUACAGACCGGCAGAUAAUAGCUACAGCUCGGGGGUCGGCCAGUCUCACCAGAUCUUCUCGUUUGAAGCGCUGAAUGACGAAGGCGACGACGGUACGUCCGAGAGUACAGUGCUGUAUUAUCGUGACGUUAGCGCGUAUAAUGAUACAGUCACCAAUAACCACGUCGAGUUUCUGGGUAAGGUCGCAGGAUAAGAUAUGGUAAAUCAGACAUGAGGAUAAUGGACUCUUGAACGCGCAACUAGGAUAUAUUAUGUACAGUAUACUGUAUAGGGGGUAAUCCUGGAUAUUGUACUUGAUACUUCUUCGUACAGUCGUUUGCUGCGAAUUUACCAACCCCGAAGUCUAAAUGGGAUAUUUAUUUAUUGAGUAGAUGCAAGAAUGAUAUACCAAUAUUCAUUUAUCGAGACUAUUGUGUACUCUGAUCAAUCUGACUUUUCAUUUGAC